UUUUCUCACGCCCUCUUUCAUUCUCACUCUACUUCAUUGGCUUUAUUUCCCCCUAAACUUUACCUCAUAUUUGCUGUCCUCAACCACUCCGAUGGCGCACGAUAGCGACCUCCCAUGCGACGGCGAUGGCGUCUGUAUGGUGUGCAAAACGAAGCCAUCGGAGAAUGAAUCCCUCCUCUGUAAGACUUGUGCCACUCCCUGGCACGUCACCUGCCUCUCUGCUCCUCCCAAUUCCAUGGCCGACGCCGUCAACUGGGAGUGUCCUGAUUGCUCUUUGCCUCCCGAUGCCCCCCGGGUCGCCGUUAAACAGAAUGCUACUGCGGCUUCCUCGUCGUCUGGCAGCGAUUUGAUCGCCGCCAUUCGGGCCAUAGAAUCCGACUCGUCGCUCACCGAACAAGAGAAGGCCAAGCAACGACAAGAGCUCUUGAGCGGAAGCGCUAAAGCCAGUAAUCUGGAGGUUGUCAAUACAGACAACGAUGUUCUCAACAUUCUCGAUGGAAGUUUGAACUGCUCUAUGUGCAUGCAACUGCCGGAGAGACCUGUCACGACGCCUUGUGGUCAUAACUUUUGCUUGAAGUGUUUCCAAAAGUGGAUUGGGCAGCGGAAGAGCACAUGUGCUAAUUGUCGUACCCCUAUUCCGCCGAAAAUGGCAAGCCAACCUCGAAUUAACUCUGCUCUAGUCAUUGCCAUAAGAAUGGCAAGAACACUACGAUCUGGUGCUUCUGGGGGGACUUCAAAAGUUGCCCAUUUCAUUCACAACCAAAAUAGACCUGACAAAGCUUUCACCACUGAGCGUGCAAAAAAGUCUGGAAAGGCUAAUGCUUGCAGUGGGAAGAUUUUUGUCACAAUCCCUGGUGACCAUUUUGGACCAAUUUCAGCAGAGAAUGAUCCAGAGCGCAACUUGGGCGUCUUAGUUGGUGAGACUUGGGAGGAUCGUUUUGAGUGUCGGCAAUGGGGGGCUCAUUUCCCUCAUGUGGCUGGAAUUGCUGGCCAGUCAGAUUAUGGGGCCCAGUCUGUUGCACUUUCUGGCGGAUACGAAGAUGAUGAGGACCAUGGUGAAUGGUUUCUUUAUACUGGAAGUGGUGGAAGAGACUUGAGUGGUAACAAGCGAACAAACAAGUUACAAUCAUUUGACCAGAAAUUUGAUAAGCUUAAUGAAGCUUUACGUAUCAGCUGUCUCAAGGGUUAUCCUGUCCGAGUUGUGAGGUCCCAUAAGGAGAAGCGUUCUUCUUAUGCACCAGAGAAGGGAGUACGAUAUGACGGGGUUUACAGGAUUGAAAAAUGCUGGCGGAAAGCUGGAAAACAAGGAUUCAAAGUGUGUCGAUAUCUUUUUGUGCGCUGUGAUAAUGAACCUGCCCCAUGGACCAGUGAUGAGCAUGGGGACCGUCCUAGGGCCUUGCCUUCCGUAAAAGAGCUAAAUGGUGCUACAGAUAUGACUGAAAGAAAGGGAUCUCCGGCUUGGGAUUAUGAUGAGGAGAAGAGUUGUUGGAUAUGGAAAAAAGCUCCUCCUAAUAGUCGAAAACCUAUUCAAUGUCAAAAUGAUGAUGAUGGAACAAAAGUGAGGAAAGUUAGAUCAAAGAAAAAUACAGUGUCUGUGAAGCAAAGGCUUUUGAAAGAGUUUAGCUGUCUUAUUUGCCGGGAAGUGAUGAAUCUCCCACUUACCACUCCAUGUGCUCAUAACUUCUGCAAGGCAUGUUUGGAAAGUGCCUUUGCUGGACAGUCUUUUACAAGACAGAGGGGUGAAGGCAGACGGACAUUACGAGUGCAGAAAAAUAUAAUGAAAUGCCCGUCAUGCCCGACUGAUAUAUCUGAUUUUCUCCAGAACCCCCAGAUUAAUAGAGAGUUGAUGAACGUAAUAGAAUCAUUGCAGCGCCAAAUUGAGGAAGAAAAUGCAGGAUUGAAUGAAGAUGUUGAUGGUGGCUCAGAUGGAAAAGAUGAGGUUCCAACUGAAGAAGCUGCUGAAACUGACAAAUGUGUGGAGGAUGAUAAAGAAGGUGCGAAGCCUAUCACUGAGACUGAAACCAAGCAGACAAACAAGAGGAAGAGGUCCAGUGAUAUUGACGAUGUAUCACCUAAAAAGUCCCUUGAUAAACCUGAUGUGGUGCAUAAUCUUGGGGAAGUUGAUUCUGCCAUACCUGAACUUUCAGUUUAGGGUUUGAUGGAGCAAACAUGUCUUCGAAGCAGAAGAAAAGUGGUGGCAGCUGGCAAGCGCACUAGGAUUGGACGGUGGUUUCAUUGAGUGAUGAUUCUGAACAAGUUGGCUGACAUGUUACUUGUGGAUAAUUUAUGGUUUAUUUUUGGUUGGACCUAUGACAACUCCUUGGUGCAUUUGUCAUAUUUCAAUUGCAUUACCCCUAGCCCUUGCAUGGCAAGCUUUUUAUUUGGUGUUUUAGUGUACUCAUUUUGGAGGGCAGAUUGAAAUUAUGAACUGCAACCAUAAAUGUUGGAGAUUAUGCAUCUCUUGCGUUCUGGCUUUCUGUUAUUCA